GUUAAACUUAACUAAAAUCUUUAACUAAUAUUUUGUUGGAUUUUUAAAAUAUCUUUUAAUACUACAGUACUUCGACUUAAAAUACAUGAAUUAACUGGUUUCAUAAUAAAUAAUAAUGUCAGGAGUUGGAUCUGCAUCAAAUGCGUCUAUUCAUCGAAAUGCACAUGAUGAUGAAAAAUGUAGAAGUCGUUAUUUUUUACAUCAUCAUGGUCCAGAUCAUUCUCAAGGACGAUCUCUCAGUUCUUUCAAGCAGCAUAUGUCCAGUAGUGCGUUAGGUCAUUUAAUAUCAAGUGCUAGUCAAAAACACCUAUCACGGCAACAUAAGACAACUCAUCGAUUUAAAUUCUCCAGUGCUGGUAGUCUAUCACAUAAUCAAGUACAUUUACAUAAGGAAAGUAAUAAUCAUUGUAAAACUGAUGAUGGAGUUUUUGAAGUUCUUUUAAAAGGACAUGUUUUUGUACGUGCUACUUGUUCAAGACUUCGAGAUCCAUGCGAAUUCUGUCUGCAUUCAGUUCAUGGUCAUUCUUAUUUGUAUUGCAGAAAUUGUCCCGUCGUGAUUCAUAAUAAAGAUAUUUGUCAGGAACACCUUACUAGAGUAUGUCCUGCUCCAGAACUAGGAAUUAAAGGGUGGGGUGAAGGAAAUUAUCCAAUUAAAUUUGAAGAAAGCUCAUUAAUAGAUUUAGAAGCAGUAUUCCUUUCAGCAUUACCUGGCCUUCAGUCUAAUAAAUGUUUUGAAUGUGGAUGUGUAUUAGAUUCACAUAGCGGACAUGAACUUAAAACAAAUAAUAAAAUUAAUGAAAAUAAUGACUCAUCUAAUAAUAGUCUCAAAUCAAUGAAACGUCAGAAAUCUCAUAAAGAAGUAUUUUCACACUUACGACGUGUUCGUUCUCAUCAUCAGUUCAGUCAAGUCGAUAUUACUCCACAAGCUACAAUGAUGCGCAUUUGUCAUAUGACUGGAAAAUAUUAUUGCGAACAUUGUCACUGGGAUGAUACUUGGUAUGUACCAGGUUCAAUAUUCCUCUUAAACGAUAAAUCUAAACAACCUGUUUGUCGUUCAGUCUACAUUAAAUUGCGCAUUAUUUGGGAUUCUUUGAUAUUGAAAGUUCCAGCUUAUUGGCAUCGAGAUAACCUUGAAGCUGAAAAGGUAUAUGAGGUUCGAACCAAAUUGCAACCACUUUUACGCUACGCAAUGUUAUGUCCAGAGGCUUCUUCGAUAAAGGCUAGUGCUGAGCUUACUGGACCAAGCUAUUUGUUGGGUAAUCCUGAAUAUUUUCGUAUGUGUGAUGUCCUUGAUGCGCUGAAUGGAACACUUUAUCCUAAGUUAAAAGAGCAUCUGAAAAUUUGGUUAGAGCAUAAAGCACACUGCGAAGUAAGUCACUCAUUUUACAUAAUAUUUACUUGUGUUAAUGCAAUAAUUAAAUCACAUAUUUUCACUUUAAACAGCUAAUCCUAUGAACGUUUAUCAGAAGUUAUUUUGUGUUAUGUUUGCUAUUUGAUUAACACGGAAUACGGUAUACAUCUAAAGCACUCAAACGUAUAGAACUCUACAGUCGCAAAAUCAGAAGACAGAAGAAAACUGGAGAGGUGUUUGUUGGGUAACAAUCAAAAUGUACAGAAAACCAAAGGCAGUUAUAGAUAUUAGCGUUCGUAAUAACAUCAUAAUAAUUCAGCCAAUCCGCAAAGUGGCAGGUUAUGAUACUGUCCAAUUGUAGUAUACCGCGUUGAUAUUCUAGAAAGCUCCAUCAUGGUCCGAUUGGAUGGAAACUCUUCGGCUCUUUUGGGGCCUCUGGAGGCUUCGUCGUAAUUCUUUGAAGCCGUCCCAACAUUUUGUAUGAGAUCUUUCUCAUUUUUUCCUUCUAAUUAGCACUAAGAAUUUUAUUGCAUUAAUCAGACUGAAUAAUACUUCAUAUUUGUUAAACGAUACAAACUUAUGAAUAUCUCAAUUUUUAUUGUUAAAACUAUUUAGUUGUAUUUUGUUUCGUUUUUACACAGAUUAGCAUGACAAUAUUAUUCUAAGUAUUCAGAAAUUCACUUGUGUACAGUUUUCCAAAUCAAUUUAUUGUUUUAUAAUUUCUUUCUGAGUUGGAUAAGAUUAGACUUAGUUUACCCAGUUGAGUUUCCCUGCAUGGGUUCGAAUCCCAUCCACGUCGCCAGUUGUUAUCUAUAGAGUUUAUAUUAUUGAUACAUUGCGUACAAAUUCAGCCUUUGAACUCUAGAACCCUGCAAGUUGCAAAUGAGAAGUCGGAAGACGAGUGAGAAGGAAUGCUAUUCCAAACAGUGUCGAAUAUGGUACAAAACUCUUAAGUAUUUAUAGCUUUUAUUAAAAUCGAAAUAAUUAUCGUGGUCAUCCAAUCCGCACACAGAGGUUUUUAGAACUUGUCCAAUAGAGAAGCUAUAUGUCGAGAUUCUUGAAUGUUCUUCCAAAAGAUUAUUGAAUGGAAUAUCUUUUUCUGUUUCUUAUAACUUUCUUGAGUUCAUCCGUGGGUCGUCCUCAGAUACAUAUAAGAUUAUUCAUUGACAUAAACUUUAUUUUAAACAUUUAGUUCUAAGAUUAUAAAGUUGAAUUGACUUAUGGCUAAUGUUAUCAGGGUAGCAUUUGUAAUACAGUGAAUUGAUCAUAUGUAACAGCUCUUCUUUUCAAUAUCUUAGGUUAUAAAAGCUUUCAGUCAUUAGACAAACAUAAUUAAAUGCAUGAUAAGUGGCAUCUUUUAAAAAGUAUUGAAGUGGUGAAAGCCAAGAUAUGCUUACCACCAUUCAUAAUAAAUUGUGUGCUUUUUGAUAACUUAUCUUGUCAGAUAUAAUUAUGAUUCAUAUUUGUGUCUCAAUAAAUUAAAGGUUUGAAAAAUGUAUUUAUACCCAAUUUUUCUUGGUUAUUAUUAGGUGUAAAUUUGUUACUUUUAACAAUGAAUAUAUCUACUGAUGCUUCAUUCAGUUAAGCUUGUAGGAUUUACUGUAAAAAUAGCAGAGCAUGAAAACAAAACUCAAGUAUUCUUAGUUUAUGAAUUAUUAAAGAUUGAAUUAAAUCUUAUGGUAGUACACAUGAUACGAGAUUUGUACGAAAUGAAUUAACUAUAAUUGACUUUAACUGGCAGCUCAGUGGAUGAGAACACAAGUGGGAACAAACGAAUGUAUUUGAAUACAAAAUCACAGAACUUUGAAGUAAGGUCUGAGAAUCCUACAGUAAAUUCUUAAUUUGCAAAAUCUCAGUCAAUCGUCUCAGACUUCACUGUUUUGUUUUCACACCAAUCUUUCCUCAAUCUCGUUCUUUUUCUUUGGUCUUCUUAACCUUCUGCUGCCAGGCAUUCCAUUUUCUAUUGACGAUACAUACAACUUAUAUCUGUCGACAUCAGUAGCACACACCACAACAGUCUGUUAGUCAAUCUAUAUGAUCAAGGGAUGUAUAUGAACUUAAAUUGACGAAAAAACAGGAAAUUAGAGUAUUACAGAAUUUCGGUCUUAAUGAGAUCGUAAGGUCAUCUUUCUAAAAUUUGACUUUUUUCAUUUUUAAAAAAUAUUGAACAGGUACAUUAAAAUACCAAACUUAACUGGAUAAAUUAAAAAUACAUAUAUUACUAAAUUACUAAUAUUCUCUUCAACUUAAUCAAAAAAAUAAAGACAUAAUAGUUGUUUGAAAUAGUAACAAUAACUCAUUUGUAAGUAGUAUGGUAUGAAUUAUGUAAGAGAUAUCAGUCAGUCAGUUUGUCACAACGUAGAACUUCGUACAU